GCCACUGGAAGGAGGAGAAUAUGUGAAGACAUUUUCAAGUAUAAACAGUUGGACCACCGAUGUCCAGAACUCCAGCUCGGGAGCGCAAACUAGAAUGUUCCUUUAAGUCGGAGAAAAAUGCGGAGAGAGGCGGAGCUGCUACACAGCGCUGUCACUACACAACCUCUCCGCGUCUCUGCGCUCCUUUAGACAUAAAUGUGCAGGCGGCGGACUCACACUGCAGGGAGAUGAAACACGCUGAAGGUCCCGGAGCUGCAGACGAGCUGGGCAGAGCCGUUCACUCCUCCUCCACCUCGGCCGCUCCUCUACUCUCUCAGCGGGACAUCACACACCGUCCUGGAUCAUGUCGUUCUUUCAUACCACUGAGUUGUUGUCGCCUUUUUGGAUCGUUGCUGAGUGAAAGAGAAAGUCCACACUGGAUCUGAACCUGACGCACUUGUCUUGUCUUUUCCCUUUGCCAUAGUGGAUGAGAUCUUUGCACAGUUGAUUUCUGGAUAACUCAAGUGGAUUUUCUGGAUCAGUUUUCUUCCUCGCAUAUUUCGGAUUAUUGCUGCAGCAAGGAGAUAUGUUGAUUUUAUUUGUCAUCAGUCUGGCCGUGUUGGCAGAUGCAGGUCUGUCAGUGGAGGUCUUCCGUGCAGGUGUGGCCCCCCGUUGCGAGAGCCGGGCCUGUAACCCCCGCAUGGGUAACCUUGCCUUGGGUCGCCGGGUCCUGACGCAGACCGUCUGUGGCAACAACGGCACCGAGCUUUACUGCUCCUACUCCGACCACAGCGCUAAUCCAGCCUGCAGCACCGCAAAAUGCGCCAAAUGCAACGCCGCCCUGCCUCUCCUGUCCCACCUGGCCGGGGCCAUGUGCGACUCCUCGUUCCGUUAUCCGAACACCUGGUGGCAGUCGGCGGAGGGAGUGGAGUCUGAGACAGUGCAGCUGGACCUGGAGACGGAGUUCUACUUUACGCAUCUCAUCGUGGUGUUUCGCUCGCCGAGGCCCGCUGCCAUGACCCUGGAGCGCUCGCAGGAUUUUGGGCAAACGUGGAAGAUGCUGCAGUUUUAUGCAAGCAACUGCAGCACAGCGUUUGGACUGGAAGAGGGGAAGGCAGAUGUGGGCCGGGAUGGAGCCACAUGCACCUCUAAGUAUUCAGGUGCUCACCCCUGCAGCCGAGGAGAGGUGAUCUACCGAACCCUCCCGAAGUGGAAGUCUCUGGAUCCAUUUGGAGUGGAGGGCCAGCAGCAGCUGAGGGUGACCAAUAUCCGAAUCAGGCUGCUGAAGCAUCAAGAAUGUCCUUGCCAGGCCAAAGACCUCACCUCUGCAAACAAAAGUGUUCCUACUCAAUACUUUGCAAUCUAUGACCUGAUAGUGAAGGGAAGCUGCUUCUGUAACGGCCAUGCUGAGCAGUGUAUUCCUGCACCAGGAUACCAAACCACGAGAGAGCGAACAAACCACGUGGUUCAUGGAAAGUGUGUGUGCAGACAUAAUACUGCAGGUGAACACUGUGAGCGCUGCACUCCUCUCUACAACGACCGACCUUGGCAGCCCGCUGACGGACUGACGGGCGCUCCGCACGAGUGUCGGAAGUGUAAAUGUAAUGGACACGCUCAGACCUGCCAUUUUGACUGGAUGGUGUGGCGUGAAUCUGGUCAGCGAAGUGGAGGCAUAUGUGACUGCAUCCACAAUACAGAAGGCCACCAGUGUCAGAAAUGCAAAGCUGGCUUCUACAGAGACCCACAGCGGCCACAUACCGCUCCAGACUCCUGCAAACCAUGCGACUGCCACCCUAUGGGCUCCUUACCCUUCCACUUGGCAGAUGGCGCACCGUGCGACCCCUCCAAUGGAAACUGCAUCUGCAAACCUGGAGUAGGUGGAAUGCACUGUGACAGGUGUAUGGUGGGAUACUGGGGCUUUCAUGAGUAUGGCUGCCGUCCAUGUGACUGUGCAGGAGAUUGUGAUCCGUUUACUGGAGACUGCAUGUUUGGCUCUGAUCUGGACCUGUACAACCUGGAGGGAAACUCUAGUGAGUCAGUCCGGAUCUUUAGAGCUCAUGAGCUCUUCUCUGCUCUCCACUACUCAGAGAAGUGUGAGUGCAAAGAGCACACCCUGACCAACAGUAAACUCUUCUGCACCAUGAAUUAUGCUUAUGUGCUGAAGGUGAAAGUGCUGUCGGCCUACGAUAAAGGCUCCCACGCCGAGGUGGAGGUCAAAGUUCAGAAGGUGCUUAGUCAGAACACCAAACUGAGGAUACAACGUGGUCGAGUUACUCUUUACCCUGAAUCCUGGACAUUACGGGGCUGUACCUGCCCCAUCCUUAAUCCAGAUAUGGAGUAUCUGGUAGCGGGUCAUGCAGACCGUAAGCAGGGCCGCCUCCUGGUCAACAUGAAGAGUUUUGUGAAACCUUGGAAAGCCAGCUUGGGCCGCAAAGUCCUCACACUGCUUAAGAAAGACUGCAACUGGUAGACGGACAGUACAAAAGAAAUACUGGAGGGACAGGUGACAUAACAGAUGAGACUGUUUCUGAUAAGACAAUAGCAGGGAUUUUCCUUUUCCUGUCCUCCAGACGUGGAUUUCUAAAUCGCACAGCUGUGGCAGCCGGUUUUGGGGGACUGAACUGAAAUGAUCGAACCCCUCCAUUUCUCUGAAGCUGGUGGUGAACUGCACAAGCUUAAAGCACACAUAAUUUCAUUUUAUUAAGACAUUUGUUUGCAACUGAGCAAGCUCUCAUUCUUACAUUCCCGUGUAGAAUUACGGCAAAAAAAUUCCUUCAGUUUUGCAUCUAAAAAAGAGUUCUGUGUCCAAGAACUCUCUUCAAUAAGGACUGAAUGAGACAGAAAUCCAUCUACAUGCAUUACAAGGCAGAGAAACUGUUAUUCCUCCUUUGCAGCACUUUAGCCUAAGAUAAACUGAGAAAGCAUUGAUGCACAAAAAAAGGAGGACUAAAAACACAAUGACACACAACCCCCCCUGAUAUGGAUCGUGGAUGUGCCACCUUUAAAAUGGAUGCCCACACUGACAGAGGCAGCCAAGUGUACGUUGCAGACACGAUAUGCAAACCAUCCAGAGUGACGCUAAAGAAGCCAUACAAGCCACUACAGGUGGUUAAAUCUUAGCCAGUCCAGGUGUGCCUGUGUUGAAAUCAGAGCGAAUGGGUUUUACCCCAAACAUGAAUGUAUUUGCCUGACUGUGUGUGUCUGUGUAUGCAUGUGAGAUAAAGAGUGGUUGAAAACAGCAGUAUAAUCAAGCACAGUCCAGAUUCAGCCCAGCUCUUAAGCUUCUCUGUAGGUUUGAACUGAUCCAGUGUUUAUGAAACGUUCUGUGUAUUGAUUCAUCUCAUAUUUACACUCCACUGCUGAACUAAGAUCAUUCUUUUUAUUCCUUCCUUUGUGCUCAUGUACAGUGUUAUUUGUAUAUAUCUAUAUAAAUAUUAUUGCUCAUCUUUCUCUGCGUUUUUUUGUUUUUUUUUGUUUUUUUUUUUGUUCAUGGUAAUAUUAAAGGAUAAAUCCAUAUAAUUAUAGAUUUGGUCUUGGUUUUGGAGUUUGGUCCAUCAUAUCUAUUUCUCUUAAUUAUGUUGUGAUAUACCAUCUGCUCUUAUUUCUUUAAUAAAAACAGCCAAAAAGUCACAAGUUUACCCAGAUUAUACAAAUUGAAGCUAAAACUUUGUUGAUGUAUAAAUAAGAAAUGUAAAACCAUAUCUGUCAUAUCAGUAACAGUUAUUUUAUUAUUAAAGCUCUGUUAUCACACAAGCCACACAUAGCACAAUUAGCUCUUAUCACCCAAUGGUUUGAAUAUGUGUUGAGUAAACAUUCUGCCACUGUAUUUUAAAUGGCAUUGGUCCAGAUUGUUCAUGCACCACAGUUAAGUCAUAAUAAAGGAAUUUUCUACCUAAGAAGCCUCAGGGUAUUAAAGUAGAUCUUGGUAUUGACAGUGUGAUCCUGACAGAUGAAUUUGUGAAGUGUGAUUGUUAAAAAAGAGCAAUUCUUGCUUCUGACUUUGCAAGUUCUAAUAAUUUUUGGAGCUUCUUCACUCUCUGUGUUUAGUCUCUUGUGGUGGCAGACAUACUCGCAUGCUCACUAGUGACAAUAUUUGAGAUGAAAGUUGGUCAGUUUGAAGAUUUGAAAUUGCAGAUGGACAAGGCAGAACUUUCAGGGAGCUUGCCAAUCAUGGCCAGAGAUAUGGGAACUCUAACAUAUUUAGGUAUUUAGGAAGAUGAUUGCUGUGUCUUUUUUUUUUGUUUUGUUUUUUUCCAUUGGUCAGCCCAUCAUGUACUUCUUGAUUUUUGUUAGUUUUGAGUUGAGUGUUCUGUUAAUCCUUCCUUGGCAGCAACUUUACGUUAUUUUAAAAUUAAAUCUGAUAAAACUGA